AUGGUAGCGUCGGAGAACGACAGCGAGAGGACCUCAAGUGCCUCGAGCGAGGUCGUCAAAGAGGUGGUGCAUGACUGCGCUCAAAGAAGCAGAGCGAAGGAGCUUCAUCUGAUCGCUAGGGAGAUUAAAGAGCUCGAGAUGUUGAUAAUGGCGGAUGCUCCGGAGACCAGAAAAAUGACUCAACAACCAAAGCCCCAGAGAUUAGACACGGAGGAUGAAUCAAUCACGAAGGAAUUCUUCCAUCUGCUCGAGAUUGGAGACGACAAGAAGGAGCUCAAGAACGGCGAGCACAACCUCGCCGAUCUUAGUCCAACCGAUGACCUCAUUCCAGAUCUCGGAAAGAACUUGGGUUGCAUAGUUCAAACAAGCGACGGGGGCUACUUAGCGUCGAUGAAUCCUUUCCACGCGCCGGUGUCAAAAACAGAUACCCCUAAGCUUGCCAUGCAAAUUUCUAGAGAGUUGAUCGUCGGAGACGACAAGUCGGCGACUGGGUUCCAAGUGUUCCAGAGGCUGGCCCUGUUGGGACCAGAAGAACUGUGUUCCUUGACAGCCAUGGAGGAUCUGACGGGCAAGACAGCAGAGCAGAUGGCGUUCGAGGGCAUCGCAUCUGCCAUAAUAAGUGGCCGGAACAAGGAAGGAGCGAGCUCCAGCAUGGCCGCCAGGUCGAUCGCGGCGGUCAAAAAGAUGGCUGUAGCGAUGAACAAGGGAAGAAAAGAGAGAGCUUCGAGUGAGGAAGCGAUGACUCUGGAUGAAGUCUUGUUCGUUGCCCUGCAUAAGAUGGAGGCCAUGGCCGUGGACGCCCUCAAAAUCCAGGCUGACAUGAGCGAUGAAGAAGCUCCCAUGGAAGCUCCACCUUCCGAUAACACUCUAAAUUUGGUCCUUAAACAUGAGGAUUGCUGCAUGAACUGCAGCAGAGCUACAAUUGUAGUGGUGAUUCAACUGAGAGCUCCAUUGAGGGGGUACGAGGCAGUGGGAGCUCCCAUGAUAGCCAUGGUGCAAGCCUUGGCAGAGGAUCAGCUGGGUGAAGUAGUGGAGGAGGAGAGGAGCUUCAAGUUGGAGAGUGUUCAUGUGGGAGGGCUCAAGUUGGGCUCCAACAGUAAGGCGACUGCAUGGGAUGGAGAGAAGCAGAGGUUGACGGCCAAGCAAUGGCUAGUGGAGAAUGGAGCAGGGAAGGCAGGAGGUGGGAGAAGGACGAGGAAGCAGCAAGCCAAGAGGAACCAAGAUUUCAUGUGGAGCAUUUCUUCGAGUUUCAUGGCUAGUGCAUGGCUGAAGCACGUCAGAAACCCAAAUUUAAUCACAGUUUCCUCGUAA